AUGUGGAAGGUGUCGCUCAACGGCAAUUACAAGUGGGUCGACGAGCUGCCGCGUCUCCUGUCAGAUUACGCGCGCAAGCAUCGCACUAUCGGCAUGCGAUCCGCCGAAGUAACUCCCGCGAUCGCCGAAAGACUCUUGGACACGGUGUAUAGCGCGAUAAAGAUCGCGGGUCCUUCAAAAUUCAAAAUAGGCGAUUCGGUAUGCGUGAGCGAAUAUAAGACGAUUUUUGAGGAAGGUUACAUGCCAAAUUGGACCACCGAGGUGUUUACGAUCAUUAAGGUGCAGCGUACCAAUUUUGUAACCUAUUUACUCGAGAAUUAUCGCGGAAAAUCCGUCGCUGGAACGUUCUACGAGUACGAGUUGCAUCGCGCUACUCAUCCGUGUAUCUCGUGGAGAAAUAUACAGAUAUAA